UAUGAUCAACAUGAAUGUAACGUCCUUGCCCAAGAUGUGCAUUUGAGCUGAACCCCCAUGGACGAGCCGCGAUCAAGGUGUUGAGUUGUAAAAUGUUGAUCUAUUCAAGACAGGAACCUGUUUCCAAGAGCAGCAGACACGUAUAAGUACUGCAUCAUCCACCAUCAGUUUAACUCCAUCUCAUCACCAUCUUCAUCUCCCAUCACAACAUCAACUCAACAGCCACCAUGCAGAACAAGCUCAUCACCGCCGCCGCCCUCCUGAGUGCCAUGGCAUCAGUCCAGGCAUCUCCCGUUUCUAUUUCCAAGCGAGACGUUCUCACAGCCCUCCCUGGAGGCGCUUCUGACAUCGAGAACAAGUUCCAGCCUGCUCUUGACUUCGACAGCGACGGCUGCUACCAGACCGCCGCCAUUGAUCCUGAUGGCAACUUGAACCCUGGUCAUGGCGCCACUGGUACUCCCCAGGGAGACUGUCGUGAUCCUCCCCAGCUUGAUAACAGCAACACCUAUUCUCGCAAGCGCUGCAACAAUGGCUUCUGUGCCAUUAUGUAUGAGACCUACUAUGAGAAAGACCAAGCCGUUGGUGGCAGCUUUCUCGGAGGUCACCGCCACGACUGGGAGAACAUCGUCGUUUUCACCCAAGGCGACAAUGUCGUCCGCGUCGCACCCUCCUGCCACGGAAAAUACGACGGCGCCAGCAACGAGUUCCCCAGCGACGGAAGCACCCCUCUUCUCGUUUAUCACAAGGACGGUGCCGGAACUCACUGCUACCGCUUUGCCAACGACGAUGACCAGGCCAACCCCGAGAACCCUACUGGUUCUUUCUUCAAAGCUCCUCUUGUUGGUUGGGACAACUGGCCUGAUGUUGGUCUGCGAGACAAGAUGCUGCAGAACUGGAAUGGUGGUGUUGGACCUAAGCUGGAUGAUGAGUUUGGUGAUUCGCUCAAGGCGGCUGCUGGUGAUGGUGUUCAGGGCUUCGAUCCUUACAAGGACGAGUAAAGAUGGGGAGGACCAGGAACCCUUGUUUACUACUAUUUAGCAUUACUAUUGAACGUUGUUGACUUCGCUAAAUGCAUCACUGGAGACUUUUCCCCUGGAG